GACAGUUUUUCAAUGGUCGAUACAAACACAAAUUAGAUUUUUCACAUUCAGUUUUCAUUAGUGGUUGAAAUGGUUACUUAAUUGAAUUAUAAAGUGAUUUAAUAUAGAUUUGUGAGCUGUGAUAUAUCAGAAUGGGGGAGGAGGUAACUGAAAAGACCCGCAUUCAGCCAAAAAACAUGGCUGAACUCAAACAUUCGUUAUAUUUGUCACAGCUGAGAGCUAUGCUGAAGAGGAAUUUACUGCUGAAGAAGAGAGAAAAGCGAAAAACAACAGCGGAAGUACUUUUACCUUUAUAUUCUUUGGCUAUAUUAAUCGUCAUCAAAAUUACAAUGCCAAAUCCCAAUCUACCAGCAAUCGAUACCCCUCGUGGAGAAGAAGAACUUUUACACCAUUUUGGAAAAGUAGAAUCUCAUACCAUAGCUGUAGUACCGAAUACAUCGGAAGUAGUGUACUUUUUAGAACAAAUAGACAACCUAUGGAGCUCUAUUAGUUACAUGAAUCUUUCAAAAAUAAACUGGGUUCUUUAUGCUAGUGAAAAAGAUCUCAUGUCUGAAUAUUGGCAUAGACCGAAGUACAUUCCAAUAGCAGUCCUAUUUGAUAAUCAAGAUCCAUUGGAUGGUCCACUUAAAUAUGAGAUCCGAACAAAUCCUUCCAUAAUUGGAACACCACCAACUUCAAUAUUGUACAGUUCUCCGUUAGCCUGUCGAGAUACUAACAACAAAUGGUACAGUUAUGCUAGAGUUAUACCAGCAAUGGAAGGUGGCGAUAGUUGUCCUGUGAAUCAGUAUUAUUUCUCGGGGUUUUUAGCCCUUCAGGCACUUAUUGAUUACACAAGGAUAAAAAUCGACACAAAUGCAGACCUUAAAGUGCCUCAAUUACUGUUAGAAAUGUUUCCUAAGCCAGCGCAUACCGGUAACUGGAUGUUUCUCAUCCGCAUAAUCAUUCCUAUUUAUAUGGUAAUGGCUUUAUCCCAAUUCAUAGCCUACCUUUUGAUCCUCAUAGUAGGUGAGAAAGAAAAGAAAAUCAAAGAAGGAAUGAAGAUAAUGGGAUUGAAGGAUUCAGUUUUUUGGUUAUCAUGGUUUAUAAUAUACGGAGUUUUUGUACUAUUUUUGUCAGUCGUCUGUGUAGUGCUUUUAUAUAGUCUAAAAGUAUUUAUACAUACAAAUUUUCUACUGAUAUUUAUUUUGAUUGUACUCUACUGUUUUUCGAUUAUCAUGUUUGGAUUUAUGAUAACGCCAUUUUUCGAUAAAUCGAGGACUGCCGGAAUAUUGAGCAAUUUUGUAGUAAUAAUAAUGAGCAUGUUUUAUUUUGUACAAGUAUUUUUAAAAGAUUCAAACCCAAUUGCUUUAUGGUUUAUGUCUCUAAUAAGUCCAUCGGGAUUUGCUCUUGCUAUCGACAAUGCUAUCGUUAUGGAUCUAUCUGGAGAAGGAGUAAAUAUAAGUAAUAUCUGGUCAGGUCGCGGUGUUCCUUUUGGAGGUAGUCUAAUAAUGAUGGCAGUCGAUAUUGUAGUUUAUGGUUUAUUAGCAUAUUAUUUAGACAGUGUUAUACCUAGUGAAUAUGGUAUAAAACGUCCUCCAUUAUUUUGUUUUAAACUGUCAUUCUGGUUUCCUAAAAAGACUCUUCAAAAGGUUCCCCUUGCAAACGGAGAAAGUUCAGAACACUCAUUAAAUAAUACCGACUAUACCUUAGACGUUGAGCCGGUUCCCAGAGAAAUGCGAGGGAGGGAAGCAAUUAAAAUUGUGGAUCUUUAUAAAACAUUUCAGCAUUGUCAAAAACCUGAAAUCAAGGCUGUGAACGGAAUCAAUCUCACCAUAUACGAAGGGCACAUAACAGCUAUUUUAGGUCAUAACGGCGCAGGAAAAACUACUUUAUUUAACAUUUUAACUGGAUUAACAGCUCCUUCUGCUGGCACUGCAUAUAUUUUUGGACAUGAUGUCAGAGAUCCCAACGACAUGGACGCAAUUAGACGAAUGACAGGCGUUUGUCCUCAACAUGAUAUCUUAUUCGAUAAUCUGUCACCACGAGAACACCUAGAAUUUUUCGCGGCUGUAAAAGGAAUCCACCCGUCGUUGAUAGAAUUUGAGGUUAUGAAAACACUCCGUGAUAUCGAUUUAACGGAUAAAGGCGAAUUCAUCGAGUAAACAUUUAAGUGGAGGACAAAAAAGAAAACUGUCUAUUGGAAUUGCUAUUAUAGGGGACCCUAAAAUUGUUAUAUUGGAUGAGCCAACAGCUGGUGUAGACCCUUAUUCAAGAAGGCAUAUGUGGUCAGUUUUACAAAAUAAGCGACAUGGUAGGGUUAUUUUACUGACAACGCAUUUUAUGGACGAAGCAGAUAUUCUAGCUGAUAGGAAAGCAGUAGUGUCCAAAGGCAACAUAAGGUGCUGCGGAAGUUCUUUGUUCUUAAAAAACAAGUUCGGAAUCGGCUAUCAUCUGACGCUUGUGUUGGAGGGACAUUCUAAGGAAAACGCAAUCAACAAACUAGUAAUAACGCACGUACCUAAAGCAGAAAAAGCUCGAAGGCAUGGAAGAGAAUUAAGCUUUAUACUACCUCAUAAUGCCGUAUCGAAUUUUGCUUCUUUAUUUUCAGCGAUAGAACAGGAAAUUAAUAAUAAAAGUAGCAAAUUAGGAAUUUCUAGUUAUGGUGUCUCGAUGACGACAUUGGAAGAAGUAUUUCUUCAUUUGGAAAGAGACGAAGAAACGGAGGAAGAUACUGUAGACAAUCUGUCGAAGAAAAUAGUGAGGAACAGAGCACUAAGUAGGAGCCUUAGUCUACAAAAUAAGAGUACGAGUUAUCAGUCUUUACAAAAUGAAAGCAACAAUGCUCUCAUUCAAGAUGCCAAAGCUGCGGGUGAUUUUGAAACCUGUGAAUCGCCUAUCAAAGGGAUAGGUUUGGACUCCAUAGAAUGCCAUCCAAAUUGGUUUCAAACAUUGAUUGCUUUGUUAAGGUUGAGGAUUCUUAGAUUGCGACGUGAUAUCAAGAAAUUAUACGUUAUGAUAUUUCUACCUUUAGGUUUAGCUGUUCUAGGAUUAUUUGUUAAUAGCAUGGAAACGGGCCAACUGCGAACAAAAUCGUUGGUCUUGAACCUAACAACUUAUCCAUCAAUGCCAAUAGCUGUACAUAACGGAUCCGAUGCCAAUGUGGAUGAUUUUCUAAUUCAAUUAUUAGAUUUAGGAGUUGAUGUAUUAGACGACUACGAUGGAAAUUUUUCAUCUUUGUUAAAUAUAGCGCCUCAUAUGGUGGCCUUCAAUGUGAAUAGAUUUGAUUACCCCGAUUAUAGUGUGACAGUGCUCUACAAUGACACCGAGCAGCACAGCUUGCCUAUUGCCAUUAAUUUAAUCAACAAUGCCCUCUACAGACUCUUAACUGGUGAUAUGGAAGUGAAUGAGAAGUGGAAUCCAAUACAAGUUAGAAGUCAGCCUUUUCAACAAACAUCAAGUGACUUUAGUCUUGGAAUGGGUACUGCCACGUUUACUAUGGGGAUGAUUUUUGCACUUAUACCAGUUACUUUGGCGACUGAUAUGGUGUACGAUAGAGAGAUAAAAGCAAAAAACCAACUACGAGUAAAUGGCCUAUCGUUUUCUUUAUACUUUAUAAGCUACUUUAUAGUUCUGGCUGUAAUAAUGGCUUUUAUUUGUUCGAUACUACUGUUGCUUGUACUACUGUUUAAAACACCAUCAUUAUCUUCGUGGCCUGCACUAACUACAAUAGGAAUACUAGUUUUGUUUUACUGUCCAUCGUCCAUACUGUUCAGUACUUGCGUCAGUUAUAUAUUUGAUAAAACAGAUUCAGCGCAGUCAAUUAUGUCAAAUGUAGCGACUUUUCUUGGAUGGAUUCCUUUUUUGUUGGUUAUGAUCCUAGGUGGAAAUGUAGCUCUAAUACUUCAUAUAGUCUGCUCUCUCCUAAACACCAUGUAUCUUCCUUACGCAAUCAUCUAUUUUGUACAAAGAGUAGAUUUGGCUUGCAAGAGUAAUUUCGGCUGUACAGAACUUACUUUACAAAACUACAUGACAAUAGAAAUAGUCGUUAUGUUUGUGGGAUUAAUUUUGCAUAUUCCGUUUUGGUUCUUUAUACUUCUCAUAGUAGAUAUUAAGAAGAAUGGAGGAAAAGCGAAAGAUAUCUUUAAGUUUAGGAAGAAAGUUGUGGAUGAUCUCACGGAAGAUGCCAAUGAAGCCAGCGAUAUUGGUGAAAAUGAAGACCAAGACGUUAAAGCUGAAAGACAAAAAGUGAAAAAUCUAAUGCACAAUCACAUUAUAAACCCACCAGUCGUUAUGGUAGAGAAUUUACAUAAAGAAUAUAUCAAAAGCGAACUCAGAUGUACAUGUUGUAAAUCAGAAGAAGAAUCUGAGACAACGAAAAUAGCAGUUAAGUCUCUUUCCCUAGCCGUAGAUGCCGGUGAGGUCUUCGGACUUUUAGGUCACAAUGGUGCUGGAAAAACCACCACAAUGAAAAUAAUUACAGCCGAAGAAGCUCCGACUAGGGGGCGAGUUCAAAUAGCAGGAAACAGUAUAACAUCAAAUAUGAAUUCUGCAUUUCAACUGCUUGGCUAUUGUCCACAACAUGAUGCUUUGUGGAAAAACAUUACAGUUAGAGAACACUUAGAAGUUUAUGCUUCCAUAAGGGGUGUGCCUUAUCAAUCCAUUUCACGUCUAGUCAAUUCAUAUUUGAGCGGACUUCAAAUCCACGAACACGCAGAUAAGCAGACACAUCAGUGUUCAGGUGGUACAAGAAGAAAACUUAGUUUUGCCAUGGCCAUGGUCGGCAAUCCAAAAGUAGUUCUUUUAGACGAACCAAGCACGGGUAUGGACCCCAGGAGUAAGAGAUUCUUGUGGGAUACAGUGUUGGCCAGUUUUCAGGGUUCUAAAGGAGCUAUUUUAACCACACAUUCCAUGGAAGAAGCAGAUGCAUUAUGUUCUAGGGUAGGAAUUAUGGUCAAGGGAGAAUUAAGGUGUCUUGGUUCAACUCAACACCUAAAAAAUUUAUAUGGUGCUGGAUACACGUUGGAAAUGAAGUUGGGCGGUGGAGAUAUGACACCAACAUCAGAUUCAGGUGAUAGACACGAUGAACUUCGGGAAUUUAUAUCAUCUCUAUUUCCCGACGCAGCUCUUCAAGAAAGUUUCGCCGACAGGCUCGUGUUUAGUGUUCCCCAACAAAGUGUUCCUUCUUUGGCUAAUUGUUUUAAACAAUUGGAAAAAGCUAAAACCGAGUUGGAUAUCGAAGAAUACAGUUUCAGUCAGACGACACUAGAGCAAGUGUUCUUGAAAUUCGCCCACGAAAGCGAAAAUGAUGAAUCGUAGAAAUGAAUGAGAAGUAAUCGUAAACAUAGUGUUUAUUCAAUUGUGAUCCUAACAUAAUUAGUUUAAGUGUAAAAGAUAUCUAAAAGACCGUCGUUUUUAAAUUUUUAUAUUUACUAUGUUCAUUUGAUUACUAACAUACAAUGGUAGUAAUCGAAUCUGAUAUUGCAUUGCUUUUUUUAAUACAUAUCUUGGUUUAGUACUUAGCUAUUUGGUUGUUAGAAGUAUCCAUUCAGAUUUUAUAUCGAUUGAGUGUUUAUUGAGAUUAUUUUUAUUAUAGUGCCCAAUGUAAGCCACUUUAUUUUACAAAAUUAAGAGAAGUUGUAUAUAUAGUUUUAGUAGUUGCCUGUGGAAUCACUUUAUUAUUUAUUUAAAAUUAACGCAGCUACUCACGAUAAUGAAACACAAAGGGAAGAAAAAACGAAGAAUAAAUAAUUUGGCAACAAUGCUUUACAACUGAUUUUGAAUUUACAAGUUUCUUAAAAAAUAUUUCGUCGCUUUUUUCAAAUUAAUUAUUUCAAUACAUUAUAUAUAUAAGUAUUUAAUUUAUAGAUGGAUGGUGUAGUGUGACAUAAGGUAGAUACAGUUUUGUAUAUCAACUUGGUCAUAGAUAGUUACCAAAUUCACAUUUUGUAAUGUACUGAUUUCCGUUCUAUUUAACAAACGUAGCUGAAGGUUCUUUAAGCUGGAUGUACCAAAUUUUAACGUUAUUAUUGAGUGAAUUUCACUACAUUUCUUUAAUAUAUAAAAAGGACUACAUUUUUAUAAACAUUAAAAACUUGUUACGCUAAAAAUAACUUUACCCGGAAUUUUUACGAUAGUAAUCAAAACUCAACACUCCGACUAAUAUUAAUUAAUUUUACUGAGAACUUUUAAUUUCUAACGGGAGUAUUCUCUUAGGAAAAUUGAUUUUUCCUUUCAGAGGUUCAAAAAGGAAUCCAUUAACCAAUAAAUAUGCUGUAUGGGUGCCAGGUAUUCAUUUAUCAACAUGUGAAUACCUCCAGGUAUAAAUAAGCACUUAAUAUUAAGACACAAAAAAAGUAUAUUUAUGGUUCAUGAAUCAUCCUUCAACAAAAUACAUCCUGGAGUAAACUAAAUGUUGUGUGGCAAAAAUAAAACCAACCUUAAGAAACUGUAUGGUUUAUUGAUAAAAAUCUAAUGUAAUAUUUUAGAAUCCCUGAAGCGAAAAUAAAAUUUCAACAUGAAUUAAUUACAAGAUUGAACAUAUUGAACCCUUGACCAAUGAAAAGAAUCAGGCAAAAAAUUAUCAAAUAAUUUCUUGCCUGAUCACUUGAUAACCAAAUUCGUAAAAAAGUACUAUUUACUUAAUAAAUUAUUGAUACCAAACUCCUAUUAUAUUAUUAAACAAACGAAAUUUUUAAUUUAAUUAAACCAGCAGACUCAAAUUAUUACAUUUAUGUUGUACCUAACUUAAUUAAACAUUGCCAUUAAACAAAAAUAAUUUAAAAAGAAAACUUACAAACGCCGUAGUUGGUUUAGUUCUUCGUUUUUAAUAUAUUAUAUAUUCUACACCGGGUUUAAUAGGUACUAGUCUACUAAAGAAAAUCAAACAUUUUGGAAAAGUUGCAAUUUAUUUUUGAAUAUAGUCUGCGUUUAGCUCAAAACACUUGAUCCAGCGAUGCUCCUACCCUUCUGAAAAAUAUGUUUUCUCGAGGUCUGCGAAGUGUGCCUCUGUGGCGGCGAUGACCGCAUCAUUCGACUUCUAUUUCUGUCCGGCGAGUGACUUUUUCAAGCUUGGAAACCAAAAAAAGUUGCACAGGGACAAAUCCGGACAAUACGCUGAAUGGGACAGAAGUUCCUAGACCAAUUCUAUCAAUUUAGCUUUGGUAACAGCGGAUGUGUGAGCCGCUGUAUUGUCAUUGUGGAAGGGCACUUUUUUCUUCGCCAAAUGGGGCCGUUUUUUCUGAAAUUAGGCGACAAAUCGGUCUGAUAAUUCGGUAUACUAAAACACUGUUACCGUUUUGUUCUUCUCCAGGUAGUCGAUAGACCGCACCUUGCGAAUCCCAGAAAAUGGUGGACAAAAUAUUACUAAAGAUAAAAAAGUCUUCACCUUUUUCGCAUCACGUUCGCCGGCUUUUUAGUCCAUUGCUUCGACUGCUUCUUGGUCUUUGAUAUGUACCGGUGGAUCCACGUUUUGUCGACGGUCACGUAAAGACGCAGAUUCUCCUUCAAAUUGCGCUUAAAUAGUGUCAAGCACUGUCCUGAAGUGGUCUCAGGGUUACGCUUGUUGUUCGGAGUAAGCAAACACGUCACCCAUCUCGACGGCAGCUUUCUUAUACCCAAAAUUUUAUGCAGGAUAUGAUCCACGUAAUCUCAUUCAACCAAUUUUUGACGGUUGCCGUCGAAAGAGAAGUCAUCAAAUCUAUGGGUCCGAUUUGACUGAAAUUUUGAAAUUAGCUACCCACCAGAAUGUGGUACACCAUAAUAGAUUUCUCUUGCGAUAGUGGCGCCAUUGGGCAGUAAGGCUCAGUACUUAUCGGAUCGUCGUCAUUUUCCUUUUUAAAGAUACUCAUUAGGCAAAACGCCGAUUUUUAUAUCCCGGAUAACAAUUUUAGGGUCUGUUUCUGACAGCUGAUCUCAUUUGAUUAAAAAAUUAGAAAUGAAAAGUUAAAAUACUGAACUAAUGUGUUAUUCCACUAAACUCAAAAUAAAACUAUCAUGUUACUUAUAUAUAUAUAUAUAUAUAUAUAUAUAUAUAUAUAUAUAUAUAUAUUAUAUAUAUAUAUAUAUAUAUAUACAAAUAUAUCAAUUUUGAAAGAUCCGCCUACUACCAGAUGUACUAGCUGUUUUUACAAAUAAUUUUGAAACAGAUUUUUUACUUUGAAUUGCGAAGUUUUUCAAAAAUAAUUUUUUUGCGAAUAAUCAAUAAAUGUAAGUUUUUAAAGAAAGUCG